AUGUCGAAGGCCAUUACAAUCUACAUGACUAGGAGGUUUCUUGUCUUCGAAUUACAAGAGUGCACCCAACGUCCAGGUGAAUCAAACACUGCUUUUCUGCAGCGUAUAGUUCUUGAAAAGUUGGAAAGUGAACUCUCGCGUACAGUUGAAUUGGCAGAUUCACUAAAAACCACUUCGCUUGGUUUUCUUAAAUGGCAAAAGGAGCAUCCAAUGCACAAGGAACAGUCUCUUCCUGGCUUCGACGACCUCGACGAUGUACAAGACAUGUUACUGGUUUUUGGAACUGUAGUUAUUCUGCGACAAGGAUGGCGCACAAACAGGGUCUCCGUACGAAGCUAUUUCUUGCGGAUUUUCGCUUUUGAUGUAUCACAUAUCUGCAUCAACAGAGAACCGAGUUUUAAAGAUGAACACGGUAGCGAGCUCGUCUCCACUCUAUUCCAAGCAUUUUCACUGCACAACCAAUUCGGCCAUAUAUAA